AUGAAGAGCACCUGCUCCCCAGACAGUGGUGUGAAUGAAGAAGGCAUUCUGCCCUGUAAAAAAGAAGAACUACAGUGUGGCAACGGACUCUGCCUCCUGAACUGGCUGCGCUGUCACUACAAGAAGGACUGUGGCAGAGACUACAUGUCCAUCAAACUAACAUGCUCAAAAGUUCACUUGAACCAGAGCAGCCCUAUCAGUGAGUUUCCCGGCUACAGUGAAAACGGCAAUGACACCAGCUUGCUGGUCUCCCCCCUCCUGGUAGCUGGAGUAGUGAUUGGACUUGUGCUGUUUCUAUCCUGUGUGACAAUCAUUGUUGGCAGCCUGAGAAAGGAUGGACGCUUAAGACACCCACACCUGAGGAGAGAAGCUAAUUAUGCUCCAGAUGGCUUCUCCUACGGUGGCUCAAUUGGAGAACUGAGAUCCACCUGCACAGAGGAGUUCCCACCAGCUUUUGACUUUGGUUCCUACAUGGAGACUCUGUCUCAGGUCAAUGUCAUGUAUCCUGACUCACCUCCAUGCUACGAUGAGUGCAUUGGGCCUGGAGCGACACAAAUCUAUAUUCCUACAGAUGAUCCUCCACCGUAUUCUCUGACAGAUCCUUGUCAAAGGAAUGAAUUGUCUAUAAACAUUAGCUUGGAAGAGGAGGCAGCCUCUGGGACUACAGGAAGGGCUUCUAAUUAUCCAGUCAGACUGCAGGACUUGCAGCAGCCCAUCUCAUCAAUUUCUUUGACAGCACUCACUCUCGAGGCUGCCCCCCCAUAUGAGACGGUUGUGUGCGAACAAAAUAGCCCCAUUCCCCUGGUUCCAAUGGAUGUGCUGAAAAAUUCUUCAACUGACUGUCAAACCCUUCUCAACCAAAUCAUCUAA